AUGUCUGUCAUUAGCACAGCUGCCUCUGAUUUUCCUCAAUUACAUCUCCACUUCCGACUACGCAGGUACCUGAGCCGUGUGUUUGGCAUGCAUCCGAAGGAAACCGCCAGACAGUUGAGCCUGGCCGUGAAGGACGGCCUGGUGGUGGAGACCCUGACAGUUGGCUGCAAGGGCUCCAAGGCCGGCAUCGAGCAAGAGGGAUACUGGCUGCCUGGGGAUGAGAUGGAUCCAAAAGCCGAGGGAAGCAAGGACUGGGAGACGGAGAGCCACGACUGGUACUGCUUCGAGUGUCACCUACCGGGUGACGUGCUAACAUGUGACAACUGCUUCCGAGUCUAUCAUCUCAAGUGUCUGUCGGACGAGUGCAAGCCGAGAGACGGAGGAUCUCCCUGGCAGUGCGUCGUCUGCAGGGGAAGUAAAAAGAAGAACUUAAACAAACAGGAGAUGUGUAAAUACCUGCGCUUCAUUGUCCAGCGUAUGAAGGAGAGGGCAGUGGACCUGAACAAAAAAGGCAAAGACACUAAACAUCCCAUGUACAGACGACUGAUCCACACUGCACUGGACGUCUCCAACAUCCAAGAGGUAACAGUGGAGCUCGGCAUCAUCACAGCUCCGCUUACAUUUACUGAGAGGUUUUGCUGUCUUAUUUUGUGUGUUGCAGUUCACAGCGACCAGGCCGAGAUCGCACGGUUGCUCUUCAGUGACACGUGUCACGAGUUGAAUGAGUUGUUGCUAUGCAAGAACUGUUUCUACCUGUCGAACGCCCGGCCCGACAACUGGUUCUGUUAUCCCUGUAGCCCCAGCCAUGACUUGGUUUGGGCCAAGAUGAAAGGUUUUGGCUACUGGCCAGCCAAAGUCCUGCAGAGAGAGGACAACCAGGUGGACGUACGCUUCUUUGGACAUCAACACCAGAGAGCGUGGAUCCCCUCAGAGAACAUCCAGGACAUCAAGGUGAGCGUGCAGCAGCUGCAGGUGAAGCGCAGCAAUGGUUGGAAAAAACUGUCUACUGAGCUCUUCCAUUCACCUCUCCAGUACACCCUGGAUGGGCCCAAAAGCCUGCUGGGACACCAGCGUACUCUGAUUAUUGACCCUUUCUGUUUUUUUUCCCAGCUCAAAGGCAGCCAGGAGCCCAAGGCGAAGAAAAGCCGUCGGACUCACGCGGUUGAGCCCAAAGAAGAAGUCAGUGUAAGCAGCUGUUAUAUAUUUUGUGUUCUUUGGCUGCAGACUGAUUUAUAACCUGAUGCUAUAUGCAUCAGUAGUACAUGGCAUAAGCGUGAGGGUGGAAAUACUC